UGUUUAAGAGGAAAUGUGUUUUGCAGUGUGUGCAUGCAUUUCUGUUACUGGUAGUGCCCCUCAGGAUGGCGAGUCAUCGCCGCUUUAAACCACAGUACUUCCUUCCUUGAGCAGCUUCCUUGAGUCAAAAAGACACUUUUUGUCCAUUAUUUGAAGAUAUUUUCUCUGCAGGAAUGGCGGACACUGGUGUGGAACUGGACAGACUUGUUGCUGCAGUGCCCCAGAAUCCAGAUGAGCAACAAAAAGAUGACAAAUUGGCACAAACAUUGCUGUUUGUCCUGCUGACUGUAGUGCUGUGUGGCAUUGCUGCAGAGGCUUUUUUUAUUAACCUGCUUUACCACCGUGAAUUGGCUGUCUCAAGACUGAAGAACAGAUCAGAACAAGAUGGACCAAUCCGUGGUUUUGCACAUCUGACAGGCGGGUCGGUUCAAGAAAACGAGGUGAUGCUUUGGCAUAUAAAUAAUGUCACUGUUCUCAGCGGCAUGGCCUACAAAGACGGUAGGCUUGAAGUUCAGAAGGAGGGAUUUUACUAUGUGUAUUCCAAAGUUUGCUUUAGUGACAUUGGGCUCUGGAACCAGUCACCUGUUUUUUUUAACCACUUUGUUAUGAAAUCUGCUCACCUACGUGAAAAUUAUUAUACCCUCAUGCAGUCACAGAAAGAGUUACGGGUGAACACAAACGACUUAAACAACAGCUUUCUGGGUGGACUUUUUCAUUUGCAUAAAGGUGAAGGAAUUUUUGUUAGGAUAAGGACAAAUUUAAACAUUUUGCAAUAUAAUGUUUCUGAACAUUUCUUUGGUGCAUUCAUGAUGUAACUUUACACAGCAGGAAAUAUCAGAAAAUCAUCUGGUCUUUACCAGGCUCUCAAAUGAUUUAAGUCUAACUAAGUAUAAAACAACAUGACAUAUUACACCCAAUGACUGUAGAAAAGAAUCAUUGAUCUCACUGUUUUAUUAUGCAUUUAGCAAAAGUUAAAUCAAAGUGCAAUAAAAAAAAAUGAUUCAGUAGUUUGCAGACCCACCUUCAACAACAAUUAGUCAAUAAGUCACUACUGAGCCCAACAGAUAAAACAUUAGAAACUGAACUAAGAAAGCGUUAUCAGUGGGUUGUGGCUGUGAAAGCAUUGACAUGAUUGGCUGUCCUCAGGUCUUCAAGAAGGCUGUUCCACAGAUGUGCAGCAUAGUAACAGAAAGCUUUCUCACUGUGGGUUUUACUUCUGACUUUAGGGACAACUUCAAAAACCUAAAAACUAGAUAAAGAAUCUAUUCUGGGGCUGGCAGGAAGACAAUGCAGAUACUUAAAAGCUGGUGUUGUCCAUACUCUCUUCUGGCCUUGGUCACAACCUGUGCACCUAAGUUCUGGAGUGUAGUAGGGUUCUAGUUUGUUUUUAGGGAGGCCAGAAAGUAGAUCAUUACAAUAUUCAUUGUGUUGUUUUGUACGUUUUUAGCUUUAUUUUGCUGUCUCACUAUUUCACUCAUGUAUGAUGUACAACACUGUGUGUCCACUGUGGCUGUUUUAAAGAGCUUUAAAAAAAAAACAAAAAAACUUUGCAAUAUAUUGUAUUACUUAGUUUUCGUAGUUACUGUUCUUACUGUUUAUGUGACCACAUAAUUUCCUCUGGGAUUAAUAAAGUAAUCUGUUUCUGAUUCAGUCUUUCACAUAUUUGUGGAGAAAUUUUGGCCCACUCUUAUUUACAGCGUCACUUCAAAUUAUUGAAGUUUGUUCUGUUUGUUUAUGCACAGCUCUUUGAGGUCCCACCACAGCACUUCAAUCAGGUUGAGGUUUGCAGUAUCACUUGGCCAUUGCUACCAACUUGUUUCUUUUCCUUGUCAGUAAUUUUGUAUGGUCUGAGUUUAUGCAAGCUUUAGUUGCUGGUCUUGUGCUUUGUCCAAGUGCAGCUUUGCAAAUCCAAACAUUGCUGCCAUGUUCUUUUUAGAGUGAAGAGGCUUUCUCUUUCUCAGUCUUUUCUAAUUGUACUAUCAUGAAAUUUAACAUUUAACAUGAUAACUGAGGCCAGUAGAGACCAAGACGUAACUCUUGGGCUUUUGCAGAUUCUAUGAGCACUGCAUGGUUUGAUCUUGAUGUCAGUUUGUUGAGACAUCCACUCGGGGAACAUGGCAUGGUAUGUUUUCCACUUGUGAAUAAUCUUUCUCACUGUAGAAUGAUGGACUUGGAAUUGAUUGAAAAUGACCUUUUAAUAACAGUUGCUUCUCUAAGAUCAUUGCUGAUAUCUUUCCUUUGUACUGAAACACCUGAAUGCUCCAGACCAGCAAACUGCUGAAACUGUGAUCUUUAUGCUUUGAUGCUCAAUUAAUCAAGUUCAUCUGAUUAGCAGCUCCUGGGUGCUACUUACCCUCUUAUAUCCCAUUAAAACAGCAAGGAUCUACUUUGUUUUUCACACACCUUUUCUGAUGUCAGCUUUUGUUUUUCAAGUUUUUGUUAACAAUAUAAGGUAACUAUGUGAUAUUGUGUCAUGUGUGUUUGUUUAUCUGAGGUUCUACAAGUAAUCUAGUAAGAUUAAGGUGAUUUGUUUUCAUUAUUUCCUGAUAUGUAAAAACUAAUAACUUAAAGAGGGUGUAUUUUCUUUUUGAUGUGCACUGGUAUAUGGCUGAAGUCUCUGGGAGGAUAUAUUAAUUUACCUCAAGGUAAUAAACUUAUAAAUGCUGUGCAGUUUAAUGUCAGAUAAACAUAUAACUCAUGUAUCUCUAUACAUAUGGGAUUGUUGUACCAAUUAUAAUUUUGUUCAGCUGUGCAUAGAUUGUGGUGUUUUUGCUUGAGUUGUAUUUUUGAUUUGUAUUUUACUGUUUUAAUAAACUCCUAAUACCUUGCAGCAGUAAAAUAUGUUAUUUUUGA